AUGCAACUUCGACAUAUCGAAAACGAGAUAUCAACCAGUAAUUGCAAUUAAAAUCAAUAAUAUUUUAUAAUCCUUUCUUUUCAGGCACAUGUUCAGUGAUUUUCGAGUUUACUAGUUUGAACGAUUUGUACGGAGUUUUGAAUCUUCUGGAGCUUCGAAAAGACUACUUUUAUUCAAAAAUUCGGGCAUUCUACAACAUCCCUGCAGACAAGGUAAUAGUAAUAUAAGUAGAAUCCUCAUUUAAAAAUGUUUAUUCAGGGAUUGGUUCUCGACAUGCAGGUCAAGAAUCCGCCUCAGAAUCCUGAUUUUUCGUGGGAAAGACGUGUCAAAUAUCUUUACCGUUACAUGCUCGAACUCGAAAAGCUUAUGUGGAACCUGUCGACGCUUGGCGGCGCUUACUCGGCCAUGGGCGAUUUCGAUACCAAAUAUGUAGGAGAUUCUAGCCGUUUUCAUUGAAUCCAUUUGAAUUACAGGCGGAAACUGCUGCGAAAAUCACUGCUCAUCAGAUUUGCCUGGCCAAACAGUACGGAGAUCCAACGAUUCUUGCUCGUUGCUAUCUUUAUACGGCUCUCGCGGAAGCCCAGCUCGGGAAUCUUACUCUUGCUGUCAACAUCGUUCGGUUGGUUAUCAGAAGCCGAAUUAAUUACCUAGUAUUGUUGCAGAACCAUCAAGAACUGGGCCAAGCUGAAUCCGAACACAGAAAUGGUGCAGAGAUGUUGUGAAGGAGUAUAUCAGAAGCUGAGAGCCAUCAAAAUAUUCGGAAAAUAA